UCAAUGUUCGGGGCCAACAUAUAACGCACUAGAAGUAUCAAUUUCGUGUAAUGUAAUCACCAUCAAUUUAACAGAUACAAUCUGAAUACAAAUUAUCUUUUUUAAUCACAAUGUUUAGCCAGGUUUAAAUUACAGCAUUGAUACCUUCGUUAAUACAAAAUCUCACCGCCCCCGAAGGCAACACAUACUAGCUAGCCUCAUGUUAGCCGACUUGUGCAAGUUUUUUUUUGCCGCCAUAAAAUAUAAUUGUGUGGAAGAACGAUUGAUAGAAACUUUAACACGUGGAGUAUUUGUUGUAAGUAAAUACCGUUAUUAGUGUUUAAAGUGGUUAUUUACCUUGUUGGACCUGUUGAGCCAUAGUUUAGCGUGAUAGGAGUUCAAUUCCAUAAAAAAGAGAACACAAUGAACUACACUAGCAUCUCUGAGCUUCAUCCCAACUUGUCCCACACAAAAGUGGUUGGCAUCAUUAUAGGAAAAACUGAUAUUAGGAGCUUCCCUGACAGAAAAAAUGUAGGUAUGGACAGAUUCAUUUUUGGCUUCACUGUUAAGGACUCUCCUGACUUCUUUAUAAACGUAACCGCCUGGGGAGAUGAUAACUACAUCAACGGGCUUUCCAAAAGUUUUAAUAUUGGUGAUGUUGUCAUUAUUGACAAUCCAUUAGUGGCCACCAAAGAUGCAGAGAGGGAAGAGAGAUUCUGUCCUGCAACACCAAGUCCUUACAGGCUGAUGCUGGCAGAGAGUCAUUCCAAAGUGCGCUUGUGUGCGGACUUGGACACCAGCGACAGCUUGCUGCCACUGAUGCACAUGCCAGUCAAAGACUCUAGAGAUUUCUACUCUCUGGGUGAUGUUGUGGCCAACGGUCAGAGUUUGGACGGAUCAGUUAUAAAUAUACUCGCUGCUGUGAAAGCGACUGGGGAGAUAAAACUGUUCCGGAAAUCAGAUGGAAGCCAGGGGCAGAGGCUGGAAGUCAAGCUUUUUGAUGAGGUGGUCUCUUCCUUUCCCCUCAUCUGUUGGGACAAAGAAGCCAUUCAGCUCGUUCAGACUUCAUUAUCUAAGGGGACUGUGAUCUUCGUAGCGGAUACGAAGAUUAACUUUGACAGGUUCCGCAACGGAAUGACCGCAACAGUCAACUCCAAAACCAUUAUCACUGUCAAUCCCGACACACAAGAGGCCGGCCUGCUGUGCAGCUAUGCUAAAAAGAUGUUAGAAUCUGGUGCACUGGAGCAGGAUGACAUGCCAGAGAAUGUGCUGGUGGAGUCAAUCACUGACGUGUACACGGUCAGUCAACUGAAGAAAAAAGGCCAAGAAAAUAUGGAGGUGUCCUACGGCAUCACAUACUGCUUCAUCUCCAAGCUCGAUCUGGACUCUUCCGUUUCAAAAGUCAUCAAGACUCGCUGCGCCAAAUGUAAGUUCCUGGUGGAAGAGGGAACACAGUAUUGCACCAACCAAUUGUGUCCAGGCAGAGGUCAAGCCUUUUCCUCCACUGUGGGCUUUGACCUGAUGGUGGACCUCACAGACCACACAGGCACCCUGCAUGCCUGCACUCUCAGAAGCCCAGUGGCUGAGGCCAUGCUGGGCUGCACUACACAACAGUUUACUCGUUUGACUGACAAUGAACGCACUGCACUGAAGUGGAAGUUUCUUUUGGAAAGAUGCAAAAUAUAUGUGAAGAUCCUUCCCUCCACAAGGACAAAAAGCGGGUUCUUGGCGGUGGUCCUGGCCUGCUCACUGGCCGACUCGGUUGAGGUGAAGCAAUUCCUGUCAAUUCUGCUCAAGGAGGCCUGACUCCAUCAUCUUCAACCUGACAAGCAAAGUUCUAGUAUUCUUCAACUGACACACAGAUGUUGCAAUAGUCAACAAAGGCAAAAAAGCUUGUGUUCAGAUAGUUCUUUUUCAGCGCAUUCUGUUUCUCAAAACUGUUCAGUAUUUGUUCUAGGUUUUCAAAUCCCUAAAUAAAGCUGCAU